AUGGAGAGGCAGAACAGCAUCAGCAUGUUUUGGCGCCGUAUUGGGAGUAUGCUUUCAUUGACAGAGGCAAAAAACCUGCCAGUGGAAGUGACGAGAUCUGGAAGUGUGUGCACGCUUAUCACUGUGAUUGCGGAGAACAGUCGGGCAACAUCCCCAAACCAUGAAACGUCUUUCCUCGACAAUGAUGAAGACGACGACGCCAGAGGUUGUCUGAAAGUCAGCCGGAAGGGAGCAUUAGGCGACGUCGACAGCUCGAUUCUCGAUCUUUCAUCGCCAGCACUGUCUAGCGCAACGGCUAAAGGACCUUCGAGUGCUUUGAUUGGAAGGUGCCCUCGCCAACAUAGUAUUCGAUACUCAACCAUUUGGUACAGACUCGACUACGUUCCAGACUUCCUUGUCUGCUCCCGCUGCUAUCAAGAUCAUGUCGAAAAAUCGCAAUUUCCAGACCUCUUUUUACGGUUCCAGUCAGAAACUGGAGUGCCACAUCGAUGCCGCUUCUGGGUGCCUCGUGUAUCCACGAGCAUCUGGCCAGAUACCAAAGACCGAGGUGUUCUCGAAGAGUUGGUAGCAUACGCGAGACUACGUGUCACGAUUCCAGAUACUGUAGAGGCAAUCAGUGACCUCUCCCGUGUGGGUAUUCAAUGGUAUCGUUGCCCUACGGAUGGGUUUCUAUCUUGUCGGGCUUGCUACCAAGAUCAACUUGUCGGCACGAAUUUCGAACAUCGAUUCUUGCCAUACCGCACACGAGAAUCACCAGACGAGUUGUUGCGCUGUAGUUUGUGUCAUCCUGCCGUGCAGAGAGCACUCUCAUAUUAUGCCAAGGACAAUGAUUGGAGACGCUGCCAGCAAGUAAUACGUCACCGGAAUCAGGGCUCACCAUGCAAAGGGCGGUUGAGCGACCUAAACUCUGGCAAGUGGUAUAGCAACGUGCCUGCAGGUCGCAUUUGGAUUUGCGAACAUUGCUACCUGGACCGUAUUCACUUUACCGUCUUCCGCCUUCAUUUUCACUUGAUGCGCAAAAAUGUCCGCCCACUCAUGACUGGUGAUGAUACUGUACGAUGUGCGCUAUCAACAGGACCCGUGUUGAUGGCUCUCGAAGCAAGCCUGGCACGAAACGACUAUGGCGUCUUCCAGCACGCCGUGAAGGAAAUUUCAGACAGCAAGACUUGUGACUCAAAAGGAAUCGACGGAGGCAUUUGGUAUGGUCUGAAAAGCGGCGGCACAGAUUUCCUCAUCUGUCAAGCAUGUCACGCGGGCAUCAUGACCACUUGCGACCUAGACGGAUACUUCCAUGCUGUCAACAGAGCCUCUCAGUCCAAGCAUACCUGCAGUUUUAAUCCGUCGGACCCUCGCUUCUUGCACUUUGUUUCAAAAAUGGGAGAAGCCCUGGACAUUGGCGACUUUGACAUUUUUGUAAAGCUGACUCGACAGCUCUCCGCCCUACCGCCGUGUCCAGGCCGGGAGCCCAUACCGAGCAGCAGCGCUUGGUUAUCUCACGGAAACUGUGUGGUAUGUCCGGAAUGUUACGAUACCACGGUCUCUGGUACACGAUGGGAAAAGCUCUUUAUCCUCGGUGAUUCUGCCGAUACGACCUUGAAGAUAUGCAGUCUUGCCUCUCCGCGAAUGCGUCAUCACUGGUGGGAAGCAUGCCGCCGUCAGAGUCUCAAUGAGUUUUCUGCCUGCGCAGGCACUCGGCUACGACUGUAUACUGAAACAGUUUCAAUGAUCAAGAACAUCAAAAACCGAAAGCUUUCUCUCGUGGAGGUCGCAACAGGUUUAGGCGCUCAUGGGAUCGCUACCCAGAGCCACGCGCAGACGAAUGCUCGAGAAGCAGAGAUACCGUCACUCGUUGUCGACUCAAACCGAAGGGAACAGAUUGCUGAAGGGCAGCGUAUGGUGGACUCGAUGUACCAUGCGAUAGCAGACGCGAAUCGAGAAGAUGAAUGGCGACUGAUUGACGAGUUGGAGGCGAGAUGGGAAGAAGUCGAGUAG